AUGAGGGGUGAUAAUGAUGAGGAUGAUAUUGUUUAACGUCACGGCGGGUAACCGCGCCCUCGGCCUUGCGACCUCCCAGGGGGUAUAUGGACGCGCCACUCGCUAUGGAAAUUAUAUACAAAAGAAGAAGCCGGGCGAUUACGCUAGUUGUCUGCUGACCUUUGGCCAGUCGAGAGAGUUGCAGGGGGUCCAAAAAGAGAUGUUUGUUGUGAGGUCCUGCCCGGAAUUGAACCGGGGCUUACGGAAUCAGAAUCCGACGUCAUAACCACUAGACCACAGG